AUGGCCCCCGGCGAGCGCAGAGCUCUCAAGAAGCGCAUUGUCCUGAGCAACCCCAAUGCCCUUGAAAUUGAGGGUAUGGUGGAUCUUUCGGCGGAGACAAUGGUUGACUCCCGCCUCCGUGGUACUGUCCUUGGAUUGCCCAUGCCUAUGAUUGAUCAAUUGAGAGCCGUGGAGGCAUUCAAGCCUAAGCAGGGUUGGUCGAUAUUCCGACGCCCGGGAACUGUCCUCCGCCGGGAUACUAUUGAGAUGGGUCGUCUGGUCGAGCAGAUCUCUGGUGAGGGCGACAAGCCCCAGAAGGGCAAGGUGGCCAAGAAAAUCAUCAAUGGUAUGAAGGGCUCUGGAAAGUCAGUUCACCUGCUCCAAGCUAUGGCAAUGGCAUUCUUGAAGAAAUGGGUUGUCAUCACCGUUCCUGAUGCCCGUGAACUUGUCUGCGCCAACACCGCCUACACCGCAGUGGAAGGUACCAAGCCUCUGCAAUAUAUCCAGCCGAAUGCGGUUUCAGCUCUGUUGAAGCGCACCGUCGAGGCCAACCGGGAGCUCCUGGCGGAGCUGAAGGUGUCCCAGAACCACCCCUCUUUGCCAAUGCUGCAGCCCGGAUCGACCCUCGAGGAACUUGCCAAGCUUGGUUUCGCCGACCCUGCCAUUUCCUGGGCCGUGUUCCAGGCUUUCUGGGCGGAACUCACUGCUUCGGCCCCAGCUGCGGGACUUGAGAAGGGCUUCGUGCCCCGCCCUCCCAUGCUCGUCACUGUCGAUGGUCUGGCUCACUGGAUGACCGAAAGUGAAUACCGCGAUGCCGACUACAACAAGAUCCACGCUCACGACCUAUACUUCGUCAAGCACUUCCUGUCUCUGCUCAAGGAAGGCGAUUCAUUGAAGAACGGUGGUCUCCUUCUCUACGCCACCUCCCUGUCAAACAACCCCAACCCUCUCGCCCUCAGCAUCGCCCUCGAUCGCUUAACCGCUCACCAGGCUGGAAUCAGCGCCAGCUCCCCCGAGUACCCUAACCCCGCUGCUUACAGCGGCGCCGACGAGCGCGUUUUGGAACUCCUGAAGCCCGCCGAGAAGGCCAUCAGCCCUGUCGAGCUGCAGACCCUGGAGGGUAUUACUCGUGACGAGGCCCGUGGCUUCUACGAGUACUUCGCCCUCAGCGGUCUCCUGCGCGAUUCUAUCACUGACCAGUGGGUCGGACAACGGUGGAGCUUGUCUGGUGGCGGGAUCAUCGGCGAGCUGGAGAAGCUUGGCCGCCGCUUCCGCGCUGCAUCUGCCUAG